AUGUUAGCCUCUGCCGCUUCGGCUAGUCUGAGUCGGCAUUCUUUGUCCACCAUGUUCCAGAAGCGACGUUCCGUUGAUAGACCUCUCGUUAUGACUCGACCAGAAAAGCCCGCACUUGGCAACAGACCACCACCUCCUGCAGCUAUAGUUCCAAAAUCCGUAGACGGACCACGUCCCCCCGGGUGGAACAGCCAGCCACGAAGACAUGGUUCCAGCCGCUUUAACGUGCAUCAUCACAACCAAGAACUUGUCAAAUUACCGCCUAUUAAAGGGCGCGGGCCAGUCCGGCCGCCCCCGCAGCUCGCACCGGUCCGGCGCCGCCGGCUGCCGCUCGGAUGCCGCUGCCGGCCGCCGCCUGCGAUGGUCCACGCCGGGCCGGCCGCGCGCGCGCCCUGCCGCGCUAUGUUCGCCGCCGCUGAGGCCAAGCCGCGCCGUGCUGUCUCGCCGCUCGGGAUACCCAAGUCGCCUUCGUUCCACUCCGGCCUGGACCUCGUCGCCAACCAAGGCGCCAAGCGCUCCGAGAGCGUUUCCGACGUAGCACGCGCGUUCCGGGUCGCGCUAUUCGGCAUGGAGGGCCCGGCGCCCGCAAAGGCGCCCUCGCCGCCGCCCGCUAUCGCUACCGUCGCUGCGUCGCCCGAGCGCCCGCCGGCACCCACUAACGAUAAAGAGAGCUUGAUGGUGCAGUUGCCACUGCUCAAAGAUGCGCCGGCCGCAGAGCGCGAGCAGCUGUUCGUGCGCAAACUGCAGCAAUGCUGUCUGCUGUUCGACUUCGCGGACGAGCCGCUGUCGGACCUCAAGUGGAAGGAGGUAAAGCGCGCCGCGCUGCUCGAGAUGGUGGAGUACGUCACCUCGCAGCGCGGCGUCAUCACAGAAGCCAUUUACCCAGAAGCUGUUAAUAUGUUCGCAAUAAAUUUAUUCCGGACAUUGCCACCGUCGUCAAAUCCAAACGGUGCCGAGUUUGACCCAGAGGAGGACGAGCCGACGCUGGAAGCUGCGUGGCCACAUCUUCAGCUAGUCUACGAGCUGUUCCUCAGGCUCUUGGAGUCACCAGACUUCCAGCCUAAUAUUGCGAAGAAAUAUAUCGACCAAAAGUUUGUUUUACAGUUACUAGAAUUAUUCGACACAGAGGACCCGCGGGAGCGCGACUUCCUCAAAACGACGUUGCACAGGAUAUACGGGAAGUUCUUAGUACUACGCGCCUACAUUCGGAAGCAAAUUAAUAACGUGUUUUAUAGGUUUAUAUACGAGACGGAGCACCACAACGGCAUCGCGGAGCUGCUGGAGAUCCUCGGCUCCAUCAUCAACGGCUUCGCGCUGCCACUGAAGGAAGAACACAAGUUAUUCUUAUUAAGGGUGCUCCUCCCGCUGCACAAGGUGAAGUCGCUGUCCGUGUACCACCCGCAGCUGGCGUACUGCGUCGUGCAGUUCCUGGAGAAGGACCCGUCCCUCACGCAGCCCGUCGUCAGAGCGUUAUUAAAAUACUGGCCGAAGACGCAUUCGCCCAAAGAGGUGAUGUUCCUGAACGAGAUGGAGGAGAUCCUCGACGUGAUCGAGCCCGCCGAGUUCCAGAAGAUCAUGGACCCGCUGUUCCGGCAGCUGGCCAAGUGCGUGUCCAGCCCACACUUCCAGGUGGCGGAGCGCGCGCUGUACUACUGGAACAACGAGUACAUCAUGUCGCUGAUGGCGGACAACGCGGCGCACGUGCUGCCGCUCAUGUUCCCCGCGCUCUACCGCAACACCAAGAGCCACUGGAACAAGACCAUCCACGGCCUCGUCUAUAACGCGCUCAAGCUCUUCAUGGAGAUGAACCAGAAGCUGUUCGACGAGUGCACGCAGCAGUACAAGCAGGAGAAGCACAAGGAGCGGGAGCGUCUGAUGCAGCGUGAGGAGCUCUGGCAGAAGCUGGAGGAGCGCGCCGCCGGCAACCCCGCGGCGCGCGCGCUUCCCCGCGCUCCCCCCGGCCCCCCCGCCGCCCCGCCCGGGGCCCCCGCCGCGCCGCCUGGGGCCCCCGGUGACGCGCCCGCCGACCCCGCCCUGCCGCGGCUCGACGCCGAGACCAUCGAGGCGGCGCGCAAGCAGAAGUACAACGCGAGCAAGCCGCUGCUGCGCAAGAAGUCGGAGCUGCCGGCGGAGCGCGGCGCGGCGCCGGCGCCGGCCGAGCCCCGCCGCGCCGCGCCGCCCGACGCCGGCGCCUGC